UGUGUUGUGAAGACAGUGAGGUUAAGUUCUUUAUCAUACGUUUGAAGUUCCUAUCUUUUAGAAUGAGGGAAUCUAAUCUAUCAUAAAUUUGUUAUAAUAUUUCCUAGUGCUCAUCCUACAUGUCUCACCCUGUUUUACCGGGGAACUUAUUCUGUCAAAAUUACCAGAAUUUUAAUCUGUUUAGAGGUGAAAGUUUCAGCCAAGCUGAUUCAGCUUUCAUAGUUACCUCUAUGUACUCAUAUAAAUUUAUUUUGCACCGUUUUCUCUGAACUCUACCACAGGAAAUAUUCUUAGGCUCUAAACUAGGGUUCUGCACUUCACACAGAACUGACACCUAUCGCAUUGCUCUUAAUUGUAACGAGCUUUACAAAAUGGCACCAAAAGAUCCUGCUACAAUCUCCAGAGGCCCCGAACAUGAUAUUUUCUUUUUGGGUCGCAACCUCACUGAAUUUCCAUGUUUCCGAUCAAGUCUCCUAACAGGGGUGUUUUCUGCCAUAGCUGGUGGAGUAGCCUACUUUUUGUAUUCUAGUCGACCAGCUCAUUCUUGCAAUGCAGCAAUGGCAACUUUUGGUGUGUCAACAAUGUGCUACUGGACCGUGUGUCGAUAUGGUUACUACAAACAAAAAGUUGAGUUGCUAGAAAUUGAGCAAAAGAGAAAGGAGACACAGUCUGUGAAAAAACUGGACAUAGAACAAAGGAAGAAAGAACUUGGCAUCAAAGAUGAUUCAUCGUAGCAUUGUUUCAUUCAUAAUUUUGCCGCUGUUAAAAAUUGCGGCCUUAACAUGAUUACAUCAAUUCCCAUCCUUAGUUCAAUUAGUUAAAGCUUUUUGGAGAAUUGUAUUCUGAAGCUGUAAAAUUUUUUCCGGUGAGAUUUUUCAAGAAAUGUUACAUUUUUUGGUGGGAGACACAAGCUCAAGGGUUCAUUCCUGUCAUACAGAUUCCCAGUUUACAGCACAUUAAUUAAUCUAUAGAAAACUUUUAAGAGAGACCUAAGAAUUUGUACCUUUUUUAUGUAAGACUUACGAACCCUCUUCCUACCCUCUCCAUUCAUCACUGUAAGUUCACUUGAGGAACUGAAUUAUUGAAAAGGACAACCAAAGUCCGCCAAAAUGAAUCAGUAAAUGGAAGAAAAAUCAUUGUAAAUGAAACUUAUUCUACACUUGAAUCCAAUUUAUUUUUAUUUUACUGGCUUUUUAAAAGGCUCUAUCGUUUCUGUUACCUAACUGUGUUAAGGUACUAAUUUGUAAUGACAAAUAAAAACCCUGGAAGAACCCGAAAAUUAGCGCAAAAGAGAUCAUUGAUAGAGACAGUCACGAUGCUAAUGUGCAGUACCAAUAUAUUGGUUGCCAUCAUAUGUCAUUUCUUCAAAUUUUACUUUAUUUUAUCUUCAUAAUUUUAUCUCACAUGUUGUUGGCAUCCAAUCAAUUUUAUUUGCCUCAAAAUCUAUGGAAUCAAAUUUGAUUGAUAUAAAGCCUUGAGUGUUGUUGUUGAA